AUGGCAGUCAAUCUGGCCCUACAAGUUGGACUGCACGUACCAACAUUCUUCCGAGACUACAGUCGGUCUAGAACAACGCUUACUCAAGAGGAAAUAGCCAUGAAAGUACAGUUGUGGUUCUACUGCAUUGUAAUUCACCAGAAGGCAGCAUGUGGGCUAGGCUACCCUAUCAUGGUAUCGCCAGACCGAUUACAGAAACAAAUGGAUCUCCGAGGCCUUCUCGAACGAGUUUCUCCUAAUCUCCUUCUUGAGAUGAAAUUGGGUAGUCUCUUGAGUCGCAUCAACAUAUUAUUCUCUCCGUCGACCUUUGUUUUGGAAGAGAUACAGGACAAACAGUCGAUGUUCGCUCGGACGAUGAUGUCUGACAUCUUCGAGAACCAGCUCAAUGAGCUUGAGUCGGAACGAAGAUUGUCAAGCCUGGAGGAAACCUAUGUCAACAUCACACGUCUCCAACUCCGCUUGCACUGCCUCCAAGACCGCGAGAAUCCUGCCAGCAGCCUCCAAAUGGCUAAACUGGGCAUCGCUGCGACCUCAAUAAUCGACUUGAUCGAGCAUCUUGAUACCAAGACAUCAUUGGUCACGUACUGCCCGCAUUAUAUCUACCGGAUGACUGCUCUCACCGCGUCGGUUCUUCUCCGCCUUGCAAAGCAGUCCCAAGCUCAAAGUUCCUCGAUCGUCUCAAACAUAUCCGGGGGUGCAAGUCUACAAUACAAGCCGUACUUCUUCCGAACGAUCUCCCUUCUGAGGAGGAUGUCUGUCGACAGCAAUGACAUGCCAAGUCGCAUGGCCAAAAUCUUCUCUCAGCUUUGGACGAUCGACAACCUCUUUGAGCAGCAACCAAAUCGCUCCCCAGACGACGCCGGCACAGAAUCUGCCGCACCGCUCUCAACAUCGUCCCCGCUGAUCGUUCAAAGCAGACUAUCCAUGAGCGUCCUGCAUGACUGCAUGUGGCGCUGGAAAGAUCAUUACAGAUACUCGCAAUCGUCAAGAAACCCCGGGAUAGAUCAUUCUCGCACAACAAGCAACAACAACACGAGAUCCGCGGCGGAAUCUGCACCACCGCGGCAGCUCAUGCUCAUGUCUGGGAUAAAUUCCACAGCACAAAAUCUGACAACCACCGCGGAUCCAUCAACUUCAUUUUCAGUGCCGUCAGCCAACAAUCUAACUUUUAGUCCUGGCAUGGCCACGUCUGACAACAUGAUGACACCUUCAUUUGUCGGAAAUUUCUCGCCGCUUGGAGCCCUGCCGUGGGAUGCCAGCUUGAAUCAGGAAUUUGAGAUGAUGGUUCAGAACUUCCCAGAGUCAUGGCCGGUUUGA